AUGGAACCCGAGUCCUCCCUCCACAAGGUUGUUCCUUUAGAUCUAAACAAUCCAAGGAUCUGCUCUCACUGCCAAAGCAGCAAAACAUCUAUAUGGCGCAACGGUCCCCUAGGCCCCAAGUCAUUGUGCAAUGCUUGUGGGAUCCGAUAUCAGAGAAAGGGGGUGGAUGCCCUUGAGUUAGAUAGUAAGGGAGGCAAAGACAAGAAGAAGAAGACGAGUAGAAAUGAGGUUUUACUCAAGAGCAGAUUGAAGAAAAAGAAUAAGAGGGUUAAGGAGGUGGAUUUGGGGAUGAGGAUGACAAUUGAAGGAUGCCAGUCAAAAUUGAUGUUAACACAGAGCCAACAAUACGAGGACGAUGUUAAGAAAGCUGCUAUCCAAUUGAUGUACCUUUCGAAGGCUGGCCACUCUUAA